AUGGUUAGGACCAGGGAAAAACGGAAAGCGGAAAAAGAAGAAAAUAGGUAUGUGGGCCAGCAAGAUGAGGAAGCAGAAGAGGCCGAUAGCGGCGAUUACGACAAUGUCUGUGAUUACUUAGAUCCUACCUGGACCCCAUCACCGCCUCCGAAAAGAAGUCACUGCCAGGAUGACUCGUCCGAUGACUCGACGACCAAGAAGCACUUGGUGGAGGCGUGGCGAUACCACCGGCGGAUGCGUUGUCACUUCAGAGAUUACUACGCCGGGUUCGGAGAUGAUAACUGUUGGAUGGGACGCCGAGCAGAAGAAAAGGGCCGGAAUUUGAGGCAAUUUCACGGCUAUGUGUGGACAUGGGCGUUGGAGUUCGGUCUUAGGCCCGAGGAAUGCGCCGAGCUCACCAGCAGUCAGAAACGUACUAUCAUCGCCAGCCUGGAGGGCCAAUGCGUUCAGGAAGAAUGGGAUACAUUGCACAAGCUCUGUCCUUCUGCGAUGUGCCAUCAAUUUCACAUCUUCUUCAUCGAGGCACUGGUCAUUCGGGAUAUCUACAACGUGGUGGUUGAAAAUCCUUUCUGGUACUUCGAUGGCAAGCUCAACGAGCAAGACGAAGGACUGGGUGACUUCGGUGCUCGGGUGCAGUAUCUGUUUGAAAGAUUCGUCCAGACUAACGAGAUGAGAGCAGCCGCCUGGUUGGCGGAGACCAUGCGCCUUGCUAAUGCAGUCCGCCCCCUGAUGGCUCAUAACCUCGAACUUGGCCAACACCACGAAGCCCGCCGCAAUGACGCUGCCAUUGGUUUCGCUAAAGCGAUGCUCGAAAACGAACCUCUUCAAUAUCUUCUCAAGAAGCUGGCGACUCCCGAACAGGAGGAAGGGCGAUUCAUCGGGCUGGUGACCGCCUACAGAGAGGCUGCAAGGUGUCUUACGGAUAACCUUCAGUUGCGUCAGGGAGUCCCUAAGAUUCGGCGCUCUCUUGCGGAGAUUGGAGGGACGUACUUGGACUCGUCUCCAUUGAAACAGGCCCACUAUCUGAAUUGGGGACCGGAUAACGAGUACGAUCUCAAACGGCUAGAUGGGAGACGGAUUCUGAUUGUUACACACCCAUGCGUCCUCUCUCGAAUGCCAAACCGAUACUUCCCGGCAUCCCUUGCCGAUGAGAAGGCCGUGGUGGUUGUCGAGGACCCUGACGCCGAGUCUGAAAACAAUCCUCAACGCUCAUAUACCAAUGAUGAUCUCUUUUAG